AUGGGACAAACUGUCGCUACGCCCCUGAGCCUCACUCUUGACCACUGGUCGGACAUAAAAGGCCGUGGCAACAAUGAAGGAGUCAUCAUCAAAAAGAAUAAAUGGACCACCCUCUGCGAGGCCGAAUGGGCUCUCAAGCCUUCCGUCCUCCCCCCCGACCCCGACUCUCCCCUCAUUGACCUCCUAACAGCUGAGCCGCCGCCUUAUCGCGCGGCACCAGCUGCGCCAGCCGCGGGACUGGAAACAGGGACGCCGGCCAUCGGAGGGGCAGCAGCCCCUGAGAGGAUGGCAACUAGCAGGAACACAGGGGGGACCCCGGCUCCCUCACCCAUCGCCGGUCGCCUUCGGGUCCGCCGGGAUGACACCCCCUGGAAUCCAAGGCCUUUCCCCUCAGAGAAGGGCCUGGCCGCCACCUCCACUUUUCCCCUCACGCGCCCAAAUUGGGAUUAUACCACCGAUGAAGGUAGGGGACACCUACGUCUCUAUCGCCAGUUGCUCUUAGCGGGUCUCCGUGCCGCUGCCAGGCGGCCCACUAAUUUGGCCCAGCGGAUAACCCUCAAGAUCGGGGGGCAACCCGUAACCUUCCUAGUUGAUACGGGGGCCCAACAUUCGGUCCUAACCCACACUGGAGGCCCCCUCAGUGACCGUUCCGCUUUGGUCCAGGGGGCCACCGGUAGUAGGAGAUACCGGUGGACGACUGAAAGAAAAGUCCAGUUGGCGUCGGGGCAAGUAACCCAUUCCUUCCUACAUAUACCCGACUGCCCUCACCCGUUGCUGGGCCGGGACCUACUGACCAAAUUAAAAGCACAAAUUUACUUUGAUGAAAGAGGACCCACGGUCACGGGGCCUGGGGGAACCCCUUUGCAAGUCCUCGCCCUAAAUCUGGAAGAAGAAUACCGCCUUUUUGAGCCUGAGCCCCCGGAAGAACCACCGGGUGAGAUGCAGGACUGGCUAGACAGGUUUCCACAGGCAUGGGCAGAAACAGGAGGCUUGGGGCUCGCGCACGACCAGCCGCCCCUUGUCAUUUCAUUGAAGGCCUCCGCAACUCCAAUCUCAAUCAGACAGUACCCCAUGUCUCGGGAAGCGCAGGAGGGGAUUAAACCCCACAUCCGGCGGCUAAUAGACCAGGGAGUGCUCAAACCCUGCCGAUCUCCCUGGAAUACUCCCCUCUUACCCGUCAAGAAACCAGAUCUAGCCGGAUUCCGGGUAGAACACCCAACCUUGACUCUGCUCCAGUACGUAGAUGACCUCCUCUUGGCCGCCAGGAGCCGGACCGAAUGCUUGGAAGGAACUCAGGCUCUGCUGACCAGGCUUGGGGAAAAGGGCUACAGGGCCUCGGCCAAAAAGGCCCAGAUAUGCCAGAACAAAGUUAUCUAUCUGGGCUACACCCUGGAGGGAGGGCGAAGAUGGCUGACCGAAGCCAGAAAAGAGGCGAUAGUCUCAAUCCCCCCUCCCAAGGGCCCUCGGCAGGCCUUACUGCUGGACACCGACCGAGUGACCUUCGGCCCCACAGUUUCCCUCAAUCCGGCCACCCUACUACCCCUGCCUACCUCCUCGGGGGAGCAUGAUUGCCUCCAGAUCCUGGCAGAAGCGCACGGCACCCGUCCAGACCUGACCGAUCAACCAUUGAAGGACUCAGACUAUGUCUGGUUCACGGACGGGAGCAGCUUCCUCGAGGAAGGGAUGAGAAGAGCAGGAGCAGCUGUCACCACUGAGUCUGAGGUGGUCUGGGCCUCGCCGUUGCCGGCUGGAACAUCGGCCCAGAAAGCGGAGCUGAUUGCACUCGCCCAGGCCCUCCGGAUGCAUCGCCCUGGGACUCAUUGGGAAAUAGAUUUCACAGAGGUAACGCCCGGACUCUAUGGUUACCGUUACCUCCUGGUUUUUGUGGACACCUUUUCUGGAUGGAUGGAAGCAUUCCCCACCAAGAAGGAAACAGCCAACGUCGUGGCCAAAAAGCUGUUGGAGGACAUUUUUCCCAGAUAUGGGAUGCCCCAGGUAAUGGGGUCCGAUAAUGGGCCUGCCUUCGUCUCCCAGGUAAGUCAGAGGGUGGCCAGAUUGCUGGGGAUUGAUUGGAAGCUUCAUUGUGCAUACCGGCCCCAGAGCUCAGGACAGGUAGAACGAGCUAAUAGAACCAUUAAGGAGACUUUGACCAAAUUAACGCUUGCAAUUGGCUCUAGAGACUGGGUGCUCCUACUCCCUUUAGCCCUUUACCGGGCUCGGAAUACUCCCGGACCCUAUGGUUUGACUCCCUUUGAAAUUAUAUAUGGGGCCCCCCCACCUAUUGUAAAUUUCCUUCAUCCUGACAUUUCGUCCUUCGCCACCAGCCCUACCUUAGAGGCACACCUCCAGGCCCUCCAGCUAGUAUAGAAGGAAGUUUGGAAACCUCUGGCAGCGGCCUACCGAGAGCAACUGGACCACCCAAUAGUCCCUCAUCCCUUCCAGAUCGGGGACUCCGUCUGGGUUCGGCGACAUCAGACCAAAAAUUUGGAACCACGGUGGAAGGGACCAUACACCGUCCUGCUGACCACACCAACUGCUCUCAAGGUCGACGGGAUUGCUGCCUGGGUCCACGCCUCCCACGUGAAGGCUGCUAAGGAGAUUGACCCGACCAGUGCCAAGGAGUCCACAUGGAAGGUACAGCGCACUCAAAAUCCACUGAAGAUA